AUGUCUUUGUUGCAAAGAGUCAGCCGCUCUGUCAAUUGGAGUGUAGCUUCCAAUGCUAGUCGUUCCAUUUCAACAUCUAGAGUCGCUUUAUCUGCAGAAACAUCCUCAGCCACCACUACAUCCAACACAACAAAAUCAACUGGUUUAUACCAAUUCUUUGAAAACAACGAGACCUUACCGAAACAAAACUGGACAGGCCGUGCAUGGAAGGCACAAGAGCUUCGUCAAAAGUCGUUUGAUGACCUCCAUAAAUUAUGGUAUGUCUUGUUGAAGGAGCGUAACGUACUCGCUACCCAAAGAGAGGAAGCAACUCGCUUAAAGCUACCAAAGCAAAUCUGGACAAAUCAAGGCCGCUUGAAGAAGUGUCAAAAGUCCAUGGCUAGAAUCAAGUUUGUGUUGAACGAGAGACAAAGAGAAUACGAACAACAUUUGCUCAAGCAACAAUCCUAA